AUGCACCCACUCUGGAAGCUCCUCAUUCUCUUCGGCCUCCUGGCCCUGCACUCAGUCCUGCCCAUGCAACCCUGGCCCGGCCUGGCCAACGCCCACAUGGAGACCAGGUCCACCCUGGCAAGUAUAAUUGCCCAGGGCCUCAUGAGGCAUAAUACAGAGGGACGUCUCCAGAACCUCCCACUCCGAAGCAGUCUGAAUGACUUGAGACAUGAGGCUCCGGGGAUGGUGGGCUGGCUAAUUGGCAGCCAGAGCUUCCAGCAGCAGCAGCAGCAGCAGGAAGACAGCAUCAACAUCACCCAUAUUCAGCUGGGCUAUGGCAGAAUCCGAAUGUCUUUCCAUAAGGAGUGGUUCUCGGCAAACAUCUCACUUGAAUUUGACAUCAGAUUUAGACUGCCCUUCAAUAACAAGAUUAUACAGCUCCACACAUCCAUGAACCUCAUUGCGGAAUUCUGGCUGGAGAAAGAUGAGUUUGGCCGGAGGGAUCUGGUGAUGGGCAAUUGCUCCAUGGAGCCCAGCAGUGUCAGUGUGAUGGUCGUAACUGAGGGUAUCCCAUCAAAGAUGAAACAUUUUCUCAGCAACCUCAGAGAGAACCUGGAAAAAGUUAUUCCACAUGUGGUAGCAAGCCAGGUAUGUCCUCUGAUGGAUGAAAUCCUCAGGCAGCUGGAUGUGAAACUGUUGAAAAGCCUCCUGGAACAGGCUGUACCUCAUAAAGUCAACCAACCAUGA